GUACGCUGGUACGCUGUCGAGUCAAGUACAGUGAACGGUGUACCUGCUGAAUAGCUUUGAUCCUGGGUUUGUAGGGAAUCCGGAUGUUAUUUAGGCUUAAUUGCUUUCCUGUAUGUUUACAGCAAUUGACGAAAUAGUUCCUAUUGAGGUAAUAGCAGUGCAGUUUUACGACAGUUUCCAGUUUUGAUCACAGAAAGAGCGGUGUGCUCAUUCUCCCUUCUCCGAUUCACCUGUGUAUGUAGCCAAAGUUUACCGUUAUUCAACUUGGCCUGCUGUACGGAAUUUGAAACGAGUGUGAAAUCUGAGCUUUUGAACUUUACAUUCGGAGAUUUACUGUGUCCAGGGCCAAGGUUUUGCAACCAUAUUGCACUACUGUUUUUACUUUGUACCGUACGAAUUACUGGUUUGCAAACAAACAGAAAAAAUACUGUUCAGUGUUGUGCUGUCCUACUGUAUUAUAGUAUAGGGCCUCACUAGGCCUAGGCCCUAGCUUAGACCAGCCUCAGGAAAGGAGGCCCUAAACUAAGCCCUACUAAUAAGCUUGCAGGAGCUGAGCUUGGCUAGAAGUCUAUUUGGGGCUAUACCUAGUAGGACUAUCCUGUGUUGUGAUGGAAAUGGAAUUUAGAUGGCCUACUUAUUUCAUCUCGUCUGAUUAUAUGGGGAAUUGAACAAUGCAUUCCAGUCGUAAGAAGGGGAAAAUGCCUUUGAUGAAGAAGACAGUGGAGGUUGGCAGAGCGCAAAAUGGCUACGGAUUCACUUUAGCUGGUCAAGCCCCAUGUUUUUUGAGCUGUAUCUUAAGUGGCAGUCCAUCUGAACAGGCCAAUUUGAAGCCUGGAGACCGCGUUUUAGCUAUUAAUGGAAAAAAUGUAUCGCGUAUGAGCCAUGAGCAAGUUGUUAAGCUCAUUGGUUCUGCAGUUGACGUUCUUAGGAUCACAGUUGCCGAGCAGGAACCAUGUGAAUCAUCAGAUGAUGAGUAUAACCCCAGGCCAAGAUCAAGGUACUCAAAUGCACGACCGAAAAGUACCCCACCGGUUGGAAUAAACCAACAUGAAUCAGCGGUAGACAGUUUCAUUCAGGGUAAAUAUACCAACAGUGGAUUUAAUGGUGGACCACAGCUUUAUGGACCUGGGAAAAUACCAAGCAAUCAAAUGAUAUCAGCUGAGCAAGCUAGACUUGCCCCAGGUCAUUUGAGUCCAUUUAACAAGUCCGGUAGAGCAGAGAUUCUCUUACGAAAGUCCUCCACACAGCGGGAAGAUACUAACAAUUGGAGUGGUAAAGCUUCAGCAAGGAAUAAUGUUCCACCAAAGGUACGACGAUCCAAGAGAAAUUCAGAAGGCAGGACAAAAUCAAACUCGCUUCAUUAUCAAAAGUCUUAUGAUCAGGAAUCUUAUGAUGUUAAAAACGAUGCUAUGGCUCAGAGGUCAAUGACACCAGUCCAGUUGUCCAAUAUAUUAUAUCCGUCCUUACAACCUCAUCCGGCAUCUCAGGGAAGACAGUCUGCACCUCCAAGUGGUCAAGCAUCAAUGCGUGUUGUGGUUGGUUAUUUAGGAUCUAUUGAUAUCCCAGCAUCGGCAAACCUUCCAACAGCAAGUUUGCAAGCCAUACGUGGAUGUGUACGCAGAUUGCGCGUGGAACAGCGUAUUCAUUCUGCUGUUUUGAUGGAAAUUAGUGAAAGCGGUGUGCGUCUUGUUAAUAAAGCACGACGGACAAUGGUUGUAUAUCCUGCGGAUUGUGUUGCAUUUAGUGGCGUUUGCCCUGAUGAUAAACGAUUUUUUGGUAUAGUCACUGCCCAGAAUGUCUAUGAUGCAUUUGAUGGCAAUAGUGAUGAUGAGGAUGAUCCUGUUGGAAGUUCGUGCCAUGUGUUUUUAGCCAAUCCAGAAAUCAGUCCUCAUAGCGUACAUGCUAAACUUGCCCUUGAGUUUGGGAUAAAUUGUACGCUCGACCCACACUACAAUGGGUGCAUAGAGUUCCCCCAUUCUUCUAAACCCAUACUUCGGGCUAUCAGUAUGCUGUACAGUGAUCGCAACAAUGGAAUCUACCAGGCGGCCGAUUCACCAUUCUAUCGUGGUCGACACAGUAACAGUAACAGCAGCACGAGUGAUAGCGGGAUUGGUUAUGGUAAAGACUCAACAGAAGUUAAUGGAGUUUCAGUAGCCAAUAAUAAUAAUGCAGUUCCAAUCCUAGAUGUUGCUAGUCAUAUUCGAGCUAAACGUAAUGCAGAAAUAAACAGUCAUUCCACGAGCCAUUCCCAUAAUUCCAACCACAACGUACACGUAGUACGAGCUGAAAUAAAUUCUUCCUCGGAUUUUCCAUACUCGAUAUCAUCUUCUGCUUCUCCGGCUUCAAUUGAAACUUCACCACAGAAUAACUUGACUAGUAGGCUGACUCCUCGAGCCAGGCCUAACCCGGUUGGAUUUGGGAAUCCAGGAAUGCAAGGAGGGAAACAGGCUGGACUUGGAGGGACACCUCUGAGUGCUGGAAGCUUACAACAGUUGCAUCAGAUCAUGCAGCAGCGACAGCAGAAGCAAUUAGAAGAUGAUGAGGAUGGAGAUGUGGACGAUGAAUCAGAGGAUGAGGACUUUUUGAGGUCGCAAGGUCAGCAAGUACAUGGGCUGCCGCCCCUCCCUCAUGGCAGGCACUCGAUGUAUGCCAAGUUGGAUAAUACUGGAAAUAAUAAACCUAACACAGGAAAUCUUCAGCGACAGGAUCAAAACAGGUUCAGUGAUGGAUCGGAUACAUGGUCUGUGAGGAGGGCGUCAAGACCCAAGAGACUGAUUAGAAAAAAUGAACCAGGAUGUCAAGAGUCCAUGGCUGCAUCUGACUCUGAGGUGCCAAAUGGUGAACCUAGAUUACGUACCAACAGCUUAUCAAGUGCAACCAGUAGCCUCAGCAUACAUGGACGCUCCAGGGAAUGUGCCAGGAGGGUGUCUGGCUGGGCUGUCAGCUUUGAUCGUCUGCUAGCUGAUGAGCUGGGAGUAGUAUGUUUUACAGAAUUCCUGAAGAAGGAAUUCAGUGAGGAAAACAUCCUAUUUUGGAUUGCAUGCGAGAAGUUUAGCAAGUUAACAAACCGAUCCAAGAUCAAAAAGAAGGCUCAAGAAAUCUACAACACAUUUCUAACGGAGAGUGCAAUUCACCCGGUCAAUUUAGACGGCACGGUAAAACAGAUGGUUGAAAAUAACCUCAGUUCACCGACAUCACACACAUACCAGUAUGCGCAGCAACAGAUCUUCCAUCUGAUGAAAUACGACAGCUAUGCAAGAUUUUUAAAAUGCGACCUGUAUAAAGAGUGUAUUAUGGCGGAGAUGGAAGGACGCCCUCUACCAAUCCAAGUUUCUGAUAGCAAUGGCAAUGACCAAGUAACGGGUAAAGGCAAAGACCGAAUACCGACAAGUCUUUCAAGUAAUGUUUCGUUGUCCGAUGAGAGUACUAUUAAUUCUCAUUCUGAUAGCAAGAAAUGGAAGAAGUCAAUUUUACCUUGGAAUAGAAGAACUAGGAAGACAAGUUCUUCCAAGGACAACUUAAGUCGCCAGAAUUCCGCAUCAAGUGAAGACGCAAGAAAUAGUGGUGAUUUUGGUCAGGUUUUUUGCCAUGAUAAUAAGUUAGAGGUGCCAAAACAGACAGCGAAGCUUCAACAAUCUAAGCAUUACAUGCGUGUCAUGAUUCCUAAUGACUCUUGUACCAGGGUACUGAUCCGCCGUGGAUAUACUAUGCGGUCCGCCAUAGCAAGUAUUUGUGAGCAGCGACACAUUCCAAUGGCUGCCAUGGAGGUGUUCUUCGCAGACACUAAAGAGGUGGUUGAUCUGGAACAGGACAUGGCGAACAUUGGCCCUCGGGAAGUGGUCAUCGAGAAACGGGUUUUAUUUAAAAUUGAGUUGCCUAACAAGAGGGUGAUAGGAGUGAAGUCUAAGCCAACAAAGAAGUUGUAUGAAGUCCUUAAGCCAAUCACGCACAAGUACCAGCUGAUCCUGGAUGCCAUGGUGGUACAUCUAAUGGGAUCACCAGUACCACUGGACAUGGACAUGGUCGUUGAGUCACUGGACAACAAACGUAUAUUGAUUGAGACCGUUGAACAAUACAGCUCUGGGACCUACAAGAUGAAUGGUGCUACAUCCGCUGUACCACCGCCGGUGAACACCAAACUUCACAAAUCCUUGUCUGCAGAAAGCGUCUUGACUCAUGGCUCCGCAAAAUAUAUGAAUCAACGCAAGCAGAACGGUAACGCUCAUAAGGCAACAUCAGAAAAGGUUCAGAAGCAACCAAAAGAUGUCAACUCAACUCUUGGAAGAAGAAUAAAAAGUCCAUUAAAGAAAAUCUCAAAUAAAAGCAAGGACAAUCUCAACCCAAAAGAUGCUGAUGAUUUGAUAGCUGCUGUGUCAAAAGCCCAAGGAAGUCGAUUGAAUGAUCAGCGUGGCUUGACCAUCCUCAACCUUGAGUUGCCAGACUUCCUCAAGAAAUCCUCACCAUCAGCUGGUGUGAAUCCUCCGGAGAACCGUCCACGUACCUCAAUGGGAAUCACCAACAUCUACCAACUACCAGAGUUCUUGCAAAAUGAUGAGGACAACCCAAGGGAUACCAAAACACCAAAGAACCGCAACAGAAACCAAUAUUUUAGGUCGAAAUCAACACCACCAAUACCGCAAAACUACCAGACACCAACAACCUUUCCCGAUGGAAUAUUGCCAACGCAUCACCAAGCUGAGGAGAUUUUUGGUUCACGUAACACCAACAUGUCCUCUCCACACUUCAAUGAUUCCAUUGUUAAAAACAGUUUCCGUGAAACAAAUUGGACCUUGGAUACCUCUUCUCAUGUACAUAAAUUACCGGGAAAACGUAGCCUCGGAUAUGCAAGAAGUCGGUCGGAACAGUUGCUACACAAAUCGGGGCUUAAUUCAAGGAGUUAUUCUCAGAAUUCCUUACGGAAUGAGGACUUAAAUGGAAAUGAUGGGAAGCCUUUAACACGAGGCAACAGCUUGCAUUACCAGGAAGAUCCAGAGUCGGACGGUGAAGAGGAAGAGGGAGAUUAUUAUCAGGAUCCGAACUCUAAUAAUUCCAGUGUUCUUCCUCCACCACCGGUGCUGGAUGGAAACACAACAUUGGAUAUUGAUAUGCCAAACUUUUCACCCCCAACUCCAAUCAGCUACCCAUCUCCUCCGGUGUACCGAAAGGCACAGUCUUCCAAGGGCAGUACACUGCCGGGGUCUGAUCAGCACCCUGUUCCUAUUACUGAUCGUCGUAAUGAUGUCGAUGAAGACUUGGGUGCCCUACCACCAUCUCCAUCCACUCAUGACCUCAUUUUAAGCGUGGAUCAAGAAGAUUUUAAUCAGGUGAUGUCACAAUCAAAAGAGUCUAAAUCUACACCUCCUGAAGAACCGUCACAAUGUAAUGCCUCCGGCAUCAACCAGAAGCUUGCAUCCAAACCAGAUGUCACGUUGUCUGCCAUCAAUGUCCUAGAAAAACAGGAUAAACGUUCCAGGAUGGGAAUCUCAUUUCCAUCAGGAACCACACUACAAACACCAGUAAAAUCAGAAAAUCCCUCCCCGACCAAACCAAGCCCCACAGAUAAACGCUUUGUAAUUAGUAAGGACGGUCGGCGAUUGAGGGCUACAUUUGUGUAGCUCAGGUUGUUACACAAUGCAAGUAGAACUCUUUAUUUAUUAGAGUUCAUUUUUAAUUUUAAAAAAAGACAUAUUUGCCUUUAAAAAGUUUGGUCUUUUGAAUAUUAUGGUAUACUAUGUAGGUUGGCUACAUUUAUUAACUGAUGAAAAAUACUAUAUUUCUAUAAUUUGUUCUUGUGAAUGGAUAUCUCAUCAGGCAAGAAUUAAAAUAUGCUUUUCUUUAAACAAAGCUCCAGCUACACUUUUUCUCAUAAUUUUAGAUUUUAGUACAAUAACAAUUUGAAGAAAUUGUACAAGAAAUUGCAACAAGAAAAAUUGCUAUUUUAUCAGUUCCAAGUCGGAAAUAUGGGCACAUGCGAAUAUGCAGAAAAUUAAAACAGAUUAAACAGAAAGUAAAGAAAAUUUGUGGUCGGGGCUUGCCUUUAUCAUAACAGUCAUUUAUAUACUUAAUUAUCUAUUGUACUUAAUUAAAUUAGACAAAUGAUUUAUAUGAAAUGCAUUAUACCUUGAUUUAAUAAUUUUGAAAUUUGUAAACUUAAAGAUUUUAUAAGAAAGUAUAAUACAUACUCCAAGUAUUGAAAUACACGCCAAUGUGUUGGGAUUCAAUAUUUCGACAUUAAUUAUGUCAUCAUCAGGAAUGAUAAAGAUUUUAUAUUUGUGGUUUACUUGGCAAUUAUGCAAAUUACCUGAUGCUUCCCAAUCGUAAAUAAUUGUUUUGGGGUAGCAUUGUAAAGUAAAUUUGAAACAUAACAGUAUAGACAAAUUUUGUGAAAACUAAAAAAAGUUGUUUUUGUUUUUUAUUUUUAUUGAAUUUUAAAGGGUAAUUCUUACAGCAAAGCUGAGUAUUUAGAAACACUGAAAGCGAGCACUAGCUUCGCCCAGCAGUUGCUGGUCAAUGCGAUCCUAUGGAAAACGCAUCGCCACAAUGCACGUCCAUCCACAUUUAAAGAAUAGCAUCAUAACCACAAAUCCAAAGCAUUUCUCCAAGACUAACAUUCCUAUUAUUAUAUUUAAUAUAUCUGCCAAAUAUUUUUAGAAAAAUAUUGAAUUAUUUUAUUUGUAAUAUACCUGUAGAGUAACUAAAAAUACCUUGAUAAAUAUUAAAUAACAAAGCCUUGCCUAAUAGUUUGAUAACAUUUUUUGCAUUUGCGAAAGUAUAUAUUCUGCAGAAAACUAUUUGCAUUUUGCAAUAUUAUAUGGUCAUCUUGAGUGUGUACUUGCUAAUUAACAAACCUUGCUUUGAGAAAUUAUAACUUCUAUAUUUUAUUGGUGCAAAUUUAUAACUUAUAUUUCUGUUAUUAAACAUGCCAGUAAAAUAUGUGUAAAUACUUUUAAAUUAUUUACCUGAUAAAGGGUAAGUUGUAAUAUUUGUAUUUGGUAGAAAAUUGGAGUUAUUAUUUGUGAACCAUAAUAUACUUUCUUUGUGUUACUUCAUGACUAUUUAAUUUCAACUGGGAGGAAAGAGACAAUGGUGCACAAAGUAAUAUUAGGGAGCUUCGAUUGUAAAACGUAAUGGCUUUUCAUAAAGUUGUCUGUGCAUGUGAGAACGUUAAGUUUUCAUUUUCGAGUGGAUUCUAGGAUGCAAACUGCCCAAAUUUACAUUGUACAGAGAAUAUAGAGGUUACGCAUGAGUGAAUCUGUUCUAAUAUCACAUCAAAAUCUCCCUAUUAAAGGUGUAUUUUCUCCUGAAAAUAGUAAACUAAUUUUGCAAUUAACUUGAUCGUUUUUGCAGUAACAUACAAAUUAUUUACUUGAGCAUAGGAAUUAUUGAAUAUUUGCCAUGAUUUUUAUACUGGAAUGAUAACAAUAAUACAAACACUUCCAGUGAGCAAGUUAAUUUAAAAAAUGAUUUUUAUGAUUUUUUUUUUUUUUUAAUUGUUUUUCAUGGGACAAUACAUCUUUAAACUAGUGUUAUCAGGGAACAUAUAAAACAGGUUUGUUUAGACUAGUAUGCAUGGCUACCAUUAUCAACGUAAUUUUGAAUUGGGUUUCAUCAUAGGUAAGAGUUGGUACACUACAAAAUUCAUCACUGCUUUCAUAUCAAAUAUUUAUGACAUCAUGUUAAUGCUAUCAAGUUUGAUUUGUCUUUUUUCAAAGAGGUGGAGAUGGUGGAAUGUUUAUGUUUAAUAGAAAAAUGUGUGAUUUACAGAAUGUAAUGAAUGUAAAUAAUUUAUAUAAUUCUGAGCUUAUUAACAUGUCAGUUACAUUUAUAUAUAUAAUCAUGAUGAAAUAAGGUUGCAAAGCUGCAUAUAUUAUAUAAUUUACAUGUAUAUAAUACACUUCAUGUGUGACAAUAUUAACAGUAUUAUUGUAUUAUAUAGUUUAUCAAGUAUCAACAAAAGUCUGACAGAUAAAGGUGGAUUUUGUACUUUAAAAUCACAUUUUAGUCCGACUGAUACAUUUCAUAUAAUGUGGUAUUAAUCUUUCUUAUAGGAAAUUUAGAAAAUUAUGUCAGUUUUCUGUUACUGCUCUUGUGUGAUACAAACAAUGUAUGACAUAAUUUCUUCCAAUUCCAGUAUUGUGUUGUAAAUAUUAUUUAAGGCAUACAAUAUAAAAAUUUAUAUUUUUCUCAGCUAGGAAAUUUAUAUAACCAUGAAUUUUGACUCAAUGGCCAUGCUUCUGUAGUCAAUCAGAAAUGAUCAGAUACUUAAUUUGUGGUGAUCCUAGUCUGCACAAUCAGUCUUGCUUAUCAGAUAAAAUUGCUUGUUUUAAUUGGGUUUUAAAAAAAAAAUUCAUCGCUCAUGUGAAACUUGAGUAUGUAUGCUUACUGCCAAUACUACCGAGGUAGUUCUUUAUCAUACUUGGCUUGAAUAAGAUAGUAUAAUACAUACUGCAAUUAUCGAAAUGCAUGCCAUCGUGUUGGGAUUCAAUAUCUCGACAUUAAUUAUGUCAUCAUCAGGAAUGAGGCUUGCAUUCCCAAAAUCAGUGUACUGUUGCUAAUUGUUAAACUGAGUAAUUAUAAGAACAUGGGUAUUGUAUACUUUAGUACAAAGAAGCUGUAAUACUUUUACUCAUAACUUUUUGCCAAUAGAAAGUCGAUUCCACUAAAUGACCCAUCAUUUUGAAGCGUAUAAUGUGGAGAAUAAGAAUAUAUUAACAAGUCGAUUUUCAUUUUUCGGUCAUUGAUGCUGGUUUUGGGAGAGCAAGCCUCAUAUUAGCAUUUUAUACUUAACACAGCAUCAGAAAUUUGCAAAUUUUCAAUGCAGCAGUGACAGAGAAUAUGUGACUACCAUAAUUAUUUGGAGGCUUUUGUUCGUCACUUUGUUUGAGAGUGGUGCUUUACAGUGCUAUACUGGUGCCAUGUAUUGGACUUAGCCUGUCUCCCUUGCUGCAAUCAUUAGUAUUAAUUUCAAUGUGAGAAAUGUUAUUUAAUAUUACGCCUGAUGAUACAACAAAUCUAAGAAAGUUGGGAAUAAUGUUUAUUCAGAAUUUAAUCUGUAUCUCUUUAGCCCAUGUCAAGGCUAUCAAAUUUUAUUUGACAAAGACAUGUGACAUGCCUAAAUAAUAUGGUUAUGAUGACAUCACAUCAUGGCCAUAUAUAGGUACAUCAUGGCUAUAUAUGGGCAUACAACAGUUUUUUUGUCAAACAAAAUUUGAUAAUCUGGACAUCGCUUAAUAAAUGCAGCAACACUUAUUCAAGUGGGGCGCUUAGCAAAAAAGUAUGUUUGGUUUGGCAAUCAGUCGAGAACAGAGAGCUUAUUUGAGAGAGCUGCUUUUUGUUGUCAUGUAUGGUACCUAAGCUAUGUCAGACCACAACACUGUCAGAUGUCCAAUUUGAAUAUUUAACAAAGUUGAAGUUAGUUAAAAUCUAGCUAGGCUCUGUCUCCACUGGAAUUUUAUAGUAUACCUUUUUAAAUGGUUAAUUCACUGCUACAGAAACAUGGCUUUAGUAACAAUGUUUUCCAUUAAAAAACUUGUGAACUUACUAAUAUGAUAUACAGUAAGUAGUUUCUGUACAUAAAAUGUAUUAUAGAAAUAAACCUAUGCUAGUCUGUUGUGAAUUUACAAAACAAUUAUGUUGUGAUUCAUUUUAAUUUUUAUAUUAAUAUAUAUUAUUUAAUAUUUUAUUAUUGAGUACUGAAACAUAAUAGAGGGGUGCCUGGUCUCCUGUGAGUCACCGGGAGACUAGCGGAAAUAGGCACGGUCUUCUGCACUUAAGAGAAAUUCAUGAUGUUUGCAUACAGCAGAACCCCUAUAGUAUUAAAGGCGCGCUCAAGAGAAAUUCAUGAUGUUUGCAUACAGUAGAACCCCUAUAGUAUUAAGGGCGCGCUCUAGAGAAAUUCAUGAUGUUUGCAUACAGUAGAACCCCUAUAGUAUUAAGGGCACGCUCAAGAGAAAUUCAUGUUGUUUGCAUACAGUAGAAUCCCUAUAGUAUUAAGGGGACACCAUCAGGACCAAAAAAGUGUCCCUCUUAAUAGGGGUCUCCCCUGAAUAUGGGUUGGCCGCAGUGUUUCAAGAUAUAUAUUUUUCCCAGUUUCGUGGCCAAAAAAAUGUCUCCUUAAUAGAGGUGCCUUUAGUGAUUCUACUGUAUUUAUGUCCCUGACAACAGUUGGCCAUGGGUUUUAGGGCCUACCAUGCACAACAAAAUGCAAUUAGAUGUGUUAUGAAACCUCAUUAAGCCAUAUCUCCUAGAAGCGGCUUCUGUUAACUUUAAACUGCAUAAUACACUGAAUAAAAAUCAAAAAAUUUAUAACAGUA